AAUGUAUUGUACAUUGUGGUGUGCCCAUGUGAGUGAAUGAACCUUGUGUUUACACAUACUCAAAGCUCGGCCACUUGACUCCAUUUCUGUGAGAAGUGUACAAGAAUGAAUGCCCUCCAUGACCCAUGUACAGUUCAACUUGUAAUAACCACUCCCGGGUGCUAUUUCUUUUUUGGACCUCGGCCCAUAUUGACUGGAACAUGCGCAUCUUGUAACUUGUUACUAUUUCACAACAUGUUUUGAUCAAGGGCAGGGUGGUGAGCGGGCCCUAAAGACACCUUCGUUCUAACAGAGUAUGAGUGACAUGCAUUGCAAAUUUCUUUGGCCUAAUAUUCUCUCUUUGGUUUCCACUGAAUGCACUAGCAUUCUACUUUUAGUUGCCGUAAAUGAGAGGUUUGAUAAUAAAAGGCAUACUGUAAAUGUAAAUGCGUAAUGGUCUGGGUUUUUUCCCAUGAUUUUGGAUCAUACAGGAGGUUUGUUGUGUCAUCCUUGUUUAAGGGCACAUUUAGGUCAUUACGAUAUGUUGAGGUCUUUGAAAGGAAGGGAGGAAAAGCAGGGAAUAUCCCCAAGUGGACACUCCCCACAUCAGCCUCCAGACCUGUGGUGAGACAAAGUGGGAGGCUGAUCUCAGAUUGGUUUUGCUGCCAUAGGGAAAAUAUGGUUCUGGUUCCACAGACACUGUGCAGUGUUUGUGGUAAAUGUCUCUGCCAGUAGGCAAUGGGAAACCCCUGGCAAAUGUACAUGUAUCACUCAUGGGCUUGCUUGGUCAUUUCCAUGAAGACGGAGACUGGAAACAUGAAGCACUGUUCAUUUAUUAAUCUUUUUAUUAUUUUAAAUGUUUGUGUUGUCAAAAAUAGGUUCUAUUGUUCGUUAGAGUCUAAAUUAGCUCACCCCAAUAAUAAAAACUGAAAAGUGUCUCUUUCACUGAUUAACAAUUCACACGCAUACUUUGAUUUCAGUAAGAAUUUGCAUUCUUUGUAUCGCCGCUGUCCUUCUAAAACCUUGUAUCUCCAUAUUUCGUUAUUUUUUUGCCAUAAAUCAUUAUUAUUAAUCACCCUUUGUGUUUGUCACAGGAUUUUGCAAAUAUCUAACCAAUAGUGCUUGACAAAAAGUGCUCGUCAACUUUGACAACACAGCAUUGAAAGAGCACAGUGUUUUCUCCAUUUCCUGAAAACCAGUCAAUUUAGACAUACAAGGUUUCAGAAGGACAGCGAUGAUAUUCAUUAGUCACACUGCUGUUCUACAAUUUACUGAUUAUUGUUUUUUAGGGUUUCUCUACAGACGCGAUGAGAUUUUUGGCGUUUUUCGUGUUCUUCUCCCUCCAGCUGACUCAACUCAUCCUCAGCUGUUUCGCUGAUCGGCGUCCAGAGACUCUCAAGCCUGUUUAUGUAAAGAACCUCUGUCCAGUUGAGGAUGCUUCUUUCUUAUCAAAACUGCUGUUUUGGUGGUAUGGCAGAUUAGUGGUUAAAGGCUAUCGCUCCCCUUUAAAAGCUGAAGAUCUCUGGUCUCUACGAGAAGAGGAUACAUCUGAAAAAAUCAUCCGUGAUUUUGAGAAAGAAUGGGCCAAGCAGUGGUCCAAACUCCAGCAGCAGGAGUGUUCUUUGAACGCAGCUCAGGCUCUUGGUUAUAAGAUAAGUGAGCAAACACAGCUGCUCAGAAAACUCCAUAAAGAACAAAGCUCAGGCUUCUGUUUGCUUCGGACACUAGCCAAAACCUUUGGCCCCUAUUUUUUGACUGGGACUCUCUGUCUGGUCAUCCAAGAUGCUUUCAUGUUCUCCAUCCCACAGGUGUUAAGUCUUCUGCUUGGCUUUGUGAGGGAUGAAGACGCCCCCUUGUGGAAGGGUUACCUAUUUGCUUUUAUGAUGUUCCUGUUGUCUUGUCUUCAGUCCCUGUUCAACCAUCAGUACAUGUAUACCUGCUUCACAGUGGGAAUGAGGGUUAAAACUGCAGUUAUGGGUCUAGUAUACAGGAAGUCUCUGGUCAUCAACAGCGCGGCCCGUAGAACAUGCACAGUGGGUGAGAUCGUGAACCUGGUUUCUGCCGACACCCAGAAACUGAUGGAUUUCGUGGUGUACUUCAAUGCAGCUUGGGUUGCCCCGAUUGAAAUCGCCUUGUGUCUUUUCUUCCUUUGGCAGCGUCUGGGACCAUCGGCCCUGGCAGGCAUUGCCACAGUGAUUCUCAUCUUUCCUUUGAACGGGUUCAUCGCCAAAAUGAGGAGCAAGCUCCAGGAGGUCCAGAUGAAGUACAUGGAUGGACGGAUCAAGCUGAUGAAUGAGAUCUUAAGCGGAAUAAAGAUCCUGAAGUUUUACGCCUGGGAGAAUGCCUUCAGAGAACGUGUUCUCGGCUAUAGAGAGAAAGAGCUCAACGCUCUGAAGAAAUCUCAGAUCCUGUACUCCUUAUCUAUUGCCUCCUUCAACUCCUCCACCUUCUUGAUUGCGUUCACCAUGUUUGGAGUGUAUGUGCUGAUAGAUGAUAAACACGUUCUGGAUGCUCAGAAGGUUUUUGUGUCCAUGGCCCUCAUCAAUAUUCUGAAAACUCCUCUCAGUCAACUUCCCUUUGCAAUGAGCACUAGCAUGCAGGCAUUAGUUUCUCUCAAACGUCUGGGGAAGUUUCUCUGUCAGGAUGAGCUGAAGGAGGGUAAUGUGGAGAGAAUUCCUUACAGCCCUGAUGUCGAUAGUGUUGCUAUCAAUAACGGCACCUUCAGCUGGUCAAAAGAUGGCCUACCAUGCCUCAAGAAGAUCAAUGUGAAAGUGCAGCAUGGCUCUCUGGUGGCUGUGGUGGGGCAUGUGGGAAGUGGAAAAUCUUCUCUUCUGUCUGCAAUGCUAGGAGAGAUGGAAAAGAAAAGCUGCCAUGUUACAGUUCAAGGUUCUGUGGCUUACGUGCCUCAGCAGGCCUGGAUCCAGAACGCCACUCUCAAAGACAACAUUUUGUUUGGACGGGAGAGAAUACCCACCUGGUACCAAAAAGUAUUGGAGGCCUGUGCUCUUCUACCAGACCUGGAGAUCCUACCUGCAAGAGAUGCCACAGAGAUUGGAGAGAAAGGACUGAAUCUGUCCGGAGGUCAGAAACAGAGAGUGAGUCUGGCACGUGCCGUGUACAGAAAAGCUGAUGUCUAUCUCCUGGAUGAUCCUCUGUCGGCCGUGGAUGCACAUGUGGGUCAGCACAUCUUCGAAAAAGUCAUUGGACCUAAUGGAGUUCUUAAAAAUAAGACUCGUAUUCUGGUGACGCACGGGCUGAGCUUCCUGCCGCUGGCAGACCUGAUCCUGGUGAUGGUGGAUGGAGAGAUCACAGAGAUGGGCUCUUAUUCUGAGCUUCUGAGCAGGGAAGAUGCAUUUGCUGACUUUGUUAAAGCUUUUGCUGUUAGUGAACGCAAGGAGAACGCCACACUUAAAGGAACCAGGAAAUCUGUCUCUCGUCUCAGUAUGACAGACUUCUCUAUUGAUCUCUCCCAAGAGCAACUCAUCAGUGGAGAUAUGGGAAGUGCAAAUAUACAAACCAUGGAGGCCAUAUCUGACACAGAACAAGAGCAGGACCAGGAGGAAGUUGGCAGACUCACCCAGGCUGACAAAGCCCAUACAGGCCGUGUGAAGCUGGAGUUGUAUGUGGAGUAUUUCAGGACCAUCGGUCUGGCUCUCAUCAUCCCCAUCAUCUUCCUCUACGCAUUCCAGCAAGCCGCCUCGCUGGCCUACAACUACUGGCUGAGCUUGUGGGCGGAUGACCCAGUUGUAAAUGGGACGCAAGUGGACACGGAUCUGAAGCUUGGUGUGUUUGGAGCGCUCGGCUUUGCACAAGGAAUUGGGAUUUUUGGAACCACCGUGGCUAUUUCACUAGGAGGAAUAAUUGCGUCCCGCCAUCUUCACUUGGACCUUCUCAACAAUGUGCUUCACUCGCCCAUGUCCUUCUUUGAGAGCACACCCAGCGGAAACCUUCUCAACCGCUUCUCCAAAGAGAUAGACGCCAUUGACUGCAUGAUCCCCGAUGGUCUGAAGAUGAUGUUGGGCUAUGUGUUCAAACUGCUGGAGGUUUGCAUUAUCGUAAUGUUGGCGACUCCUUUUGCUGGAUUGAUCAUAUUGCCACUGACUCUACUUUAUGCCUUCGUUCAGAGCUUCUACGUAGCCACAUCUUGCCAAUUGCGUAGACUUGAGUCUGUGAGUCGUUCACCCAUCUAUACUCACUUCAAUGAGACGGUCCAAGGAGCCAGUGUGAUCCGUGCAUUUGGAGAACAGCCCAGGUUCAUCCUAUUGGCUAACAGUCGAGUUGACCACAACCAAACUUCCUACUUCCCAAGAUUCGUGGCCACCAGGUGGCUGGCGGUGAAUCUUGAGUUCCUGGGUAAUUUGCUAGUCCUUGCUGCAGCCAUCCUUUCCGUCAUAGGAAGAGCGACUUUAAGCCCUGGAAUUGUGGGUCUCGCUGUGUCCCAUUCUCUCCAGGUAACUGGGAUCCUGAGUUGGAUUGUGAGGGCAUGGACAGAUGUAGAAAACAACAUAGUCUCUGUUGAGAGAGUAAAUGAAUAUGCUGAAACUCCAAAAGAGGCACCAUGGACAUUAGAGGACAGUCGACUGCCUCUAGGUUGGCCCAGAACCGGAUCCAUUGAGUUCAAGCAAUAUGGACUUCAGUACCGCAGGGGUCUUGACUGGGCCUUGAAAGAAAUCACUCUCGGAGUUAAUGAGAGAGAGAAGGUUGGAAUUGUGGGAAGAACAGGUGCUGGAAAGUCAUCUCUUGCUUUAGGAAUCUUCCGGAUCCUUGAAGCAGCAAAGGGAAAGAUCUUCAUAGACAGGUUAAACAUUGCAGAGAUCGGCUUGCAUGAACUGAGGUCUCGUAUCACCAUCAUCCCACAGGACCCAGUGCUGUUCUCAGGUUCCCUGCGUAUGAAUCUGGACCCGUUUGAUGGCUACACCGAUGAGGAGGUGUGGAGAGCUCUGGAACUCGCACAUCUCAAGAACUUUGUGUCUGGGCUGCCUGACAAGCUGAACCACGAGUGUUCAGAGGGAGGAGAAAACCUCAGUUUGGGUCAGAGGCAACUGGUUUGUCUGGCUCGAGCUCUUCUCAGGAAGACCAAGAUUCUGGUUUUGGAUGAAGCCACAGCAGCUGUGGACCUGGAGACAGACAAUCUGAUUCAGUCCACCAUCAGAACUCAGUUUGAGGACUGCACCGUUCUGACCAUCGCACACCGCCUCAACACCAUCAUGGACUACACUAGGGUUCUGGUACUCGAUAAAGGCCAGAUGGCUGAAUUUGAUUCUCCAUCCAAUUUAAUCGCCAAGAAGGGAAUAUUCUACAAGAUGGCCAAAGACUCAGGUUUGGUCUGAUAGUAAGUUGAGCCAAAAGCCUUCUGCUUCAUCUAGGACAUAUUACAGGUCCGUGGAGUGUAUGGAGAAGAGAACCUGGAGCUCAUAUACAGUACAGUGUGACUAUGAAUCCACCACUCCACAGAAACUGUAGCCCUCCGUUUUCACUCCCAGUUUUCUCGCUUUUGCUGCAAAUGCUUCUGUUUGAUGCCAACAUUUGUGAUGCUUGAAACUAGUUACUUUUCUGUUUGUUAUUUCAUUUUUAUUUUUUUAGAAACAAGUCGAGCACUCCUGCUAGCUGUCAAAUGUUAAUUUGUAAAAUGUUUUAAAAGCAAGUGAUGAUUGCGACAUUGUCUUAAUAGACUUGAGGAGUAAAGACCAAAAGCCUCUUUGAGCAAUGCACUGUUGAUGCAGUGGUUGGCUGUGAAGCUGCUGGGAAACACUCCUGUGCGUUCUGUGCUUUCAGUUCAUGAGUGUGCGCUUAAUUCUGCGGAAGCAUGUAGGGCUUCACUUCGAGCCAAAGAGUCAUUUAAAGAAAAUCAAAGAAAGGAGGUUAAAGUGACAGUUCACCCACAAAUGAAAAUUCUGUCAUCAUUUACUCACCCUCUUGUCAUUUCAAACCUUUAUGACUUUCUUUCUUCUGCAGAACACAAAAGAAGAUAUUCUGAAAGAAGUUGGUAAACGAACAGCGCCGACCCCCAUUCACAUCUAUUGUAUGGAGUCGAACACAAAACCAAUGCAAGUGACAUUCUUCAAAAUAUCUUCUUUUGUGUUCUGCAGAAGAAAGAAAGUCAUACAGGUUUGAAAUGACAAGAGGGUGAGUAAAUGAUGACAGAAUUUUCAUUUUUGGCUGAACUAUCACUUUCAUAUGAAAAGCUCACCCAGUCGCAUGUUGUCAUGGCUAGCUGGCCAUUGCUUUCUCGUUUCAGUCAUCUUUAUUUAUAGCUUUAGAGAUAAUUCACAAUAUUUGUUACAAUAUUGUUUAUCAUAUAAAAUUAUUUUAUGACAUAAGCUGUUACCAGGUUUACCCCCUUGAAAAGUGGCUAAGCCCUGUCUUACCAAUAUCAUGCAGUAGAGCAGUGAUUGCUCUACUGCAAUGAUUGGUGAAUGUAUUUAGCUGACUUGAAUCCUUGUUUAUUAUUAAUUCUCAGUGAUUAUUUCACCAAAAACUAUGAAUGCACUUAUUAUCCUGUGUAGAAAAAAGGUCAAAGGGAUUUAUGUUUUCAGUUUUGGUGUGGCAAAUAUUUUAAAACUGACGAAGAUUAUCGCUGUACCGCUGUAUGGUCAUAUAUUGAAAUCAUAGUAGUUCUGCAAAGGAAGGUUUUCUGCUUGAUGGUCAUACCUGCUGAGUGCUAUGUGCUUCAUUCUGUGUGCUGUUUAUCAUAUAUCUGUUAAUCUAUGUACGCUUGAGAAGAACUUUUUAAAGAACUGAUGAACUUCUAUAAAUAAUACUGACAUAUCUGAUUUGUUACAUAUUUAUAUCAUUGUAAGUAUGCAUAAAGUUAUUAUUUGAUAUUUGUAUAAAUGCUCUAGUUUUAAGU